UAUUUGUCAGUUUGAUAUAAGCAUUUUCAAAAAUUUUAGCAUAUUAAAAUUUGUAGCAAUGUUUGAAGACGAAAACCAAAUAAAAGAAAGUACAAACCCAGAUCCUAUAGCUAGUUGUAUCUGUGGUAAAGUAUGUUGCGAAUGCAACAAUGGACCUGCAGUUAUAGAAACUACGAAGAAAACAAUGAGUACAGGUGAUAAUAAUUAUAAGAUCGAAUUAGACAAAAGUCUUUAUGUCAAACAACGAGAAUACUUUUUAAAAACCUGUGAAGUUCCCACGUUUACCGACGCUAAGAUGACUCUUGGUAACCUAGCUACUUUUGUUUACGAUAAUUGUGAACCAGGCCUGAAACCUUAUAUUCCUUCUGAACCGCAAAUGCCUUACGGAGACCUGUGGGUAUCUCCUAGUGACCUGCUAAUACCGCAUGUUGGGUUAAAAGCUCCAUUAACUCGUAAACAUGUACAAGCUCUUACACACGAAGGAAUAUUAGAUAUAGGCUAUAAAAUCGAGUUACAGUUUAUAAAAGAAUUAGAAGAAAAGAAACAGGAAGCACUUGAGAACCAAAAGGAGGAAUUAACAAUUGAAUUCCAGGAAAGUAUAUAUCAUAUUAUCAAAGAUGCCGAAGCCAAAGAAAGAGCAAAUUGUCAAAGAGAGUUAACGAGAAUCACAGAGGAAUUUGAGCAGAAGCUGAACGAUGAGAUUACCGCCAUGCAAGCUGACUUGGAAACGGAAUUUUCCACAUUUAGUGAAACACACGACGCCAGAAUAAUAUCGAUGUGGGAAAAUAAACUACAUGAGGCAGUUGAAGAAACGACAAAGAAUAUUACUAAAAAAUUUCUUGAUGAACUUGCGAAACAAGAGCAGAUUCUGAGCAUGCACUUCAAAGCGCAAAUGGCAAAACUGGAAAUGCGUAGAAUCUAUGAAAAAGAAAAAAUGAAACACGAGCACAAAAAGGAACUACAGCAUGCAAAGCACCGUUUAGAAUGUAGGAACCUAGCACAUAUGAUGUAUAUUCUUUGUAUGGAAAGGAGAAAAUGUUGCGAGGAAAAAAUGGCACUAGAAGAUUACUACAAGAAGAAAGUAGAGGGUUUAAGUAAUAAGAUCGUCGAUCAUAAAACGAAUAUAAAGAAUCUUAAAAAGAAGGUCCAGAAGCAAGUGAAGGAAGUACAACUCCGAGAGACUUGUGUCUUAGAAAUUCUCAAACAAUACCAGAAGUUCAUCAGUUUUGCUCUAAGAGCGGCCCCAACGCAGGCAGAAUUUUUAUUGUGUAUCGACAAGCUUAUGGUUUUCGAAUUGACAGAUUCGCAAUCGAAAUUAAAACAAAUAUCCAGUGAAGAUUUAGGACUUCACGGCAUUUUGCCAUGGCCACAAAUGACACCAAGUUAUGAAACAAUUGAGGAGGAUCCUCGAAUUGUAGAAGACCAUCAUCCAUUCAUGACGACUUCGAUGUCAAAGGAAAAAGAAGAUAUGGUUCUACCAGUAUUUGGCUUUCAAAAUAAUCUAUACAUACGGGAAGAUUUCCAAAACGUGCCACAGGAAUUCAAAUCAACUCCCAGAGACGAUUUAUGGAGUGAAGACGUCGAGUUUGUAUUGAAAACUCUUCGACUAAGUAUUAGUAGUGAGAAAGGAAUUGAUACAGACCCAUCAGGCAGUGGAGUACCAAGUGAGAUGUUAAAAAAAGGUUCGAAAGGAGCCGAUCGAAGUUCAACAAUACAGUUUAAAGACAGAGAAACUUCAAAUGAAAAAUUAAUCCAGGUGCCUUCAGUAGAUGAUGUUUCAAGGGUAAUAUCCGUUGAAGAAUGUGAAUCUUUAAAGGACAGAAUAGAUACGAAAAGUUCUCUUAAAUAUACAACGCCAAUUAUAAACCCUAUAGAUCAUUCCCAGGUAGGAAGGGUUGAAACAAAUCCACUAUUAUUAGGGACACAAAGUUCCCUGGAGGUAUUUGCUAAGAAAUACAACAUCCAACUUAAACAAUCUGAUUAUUGUGCUACUAUUCCUGAAACGAAAGAAGAAGAGGAAGAGGCAGAAGAUCCAGAAACAAUAGAACAGUUUCACCGUUUCAGCGAGAAAAGCAGAGAUACUUCUGUAUAUAUCAAAAGCGUGGAGUCAUUCAGGCCUACGAAAGGAAGUUUAACACCACAGAGAACUAGCAAUGAAGCUAAAGAUAAAAUUGCUCUACCCACCACAAUAAGCGGAAAAAUUCCUGUAGAAACCAGAGAUUCGUUUAUUUUACGUCAGACGUACUUGGCUAAAGUGCAACCAAGGUUUUCGGUAUCUCCAAAUGACUCUAUUGAGAUUAAAAAGGACUCGCCCAGAAACACACUAACCAAAAAGAAAUCGUCCAAACUGUCACUGGCCAGAGACUCUGUGGAAAUGCUGAGGGAAAGCAGAACUCUUUUAAAUCAACCCACUAUCUGUGCUACGUGUCGUAAAAAAGAAGCGAAAGAAAAAGAAAUUGUAGGUCGAAAAUGUGAUAACUGUUGUAAAAGUAAAGAUAGUAUAGAAGUUCUUAGCGGAGGCGUUAUACCAAAGAUUAUUAAAAUGGACGACAAAGAAAAUGUUGCAUCAAAGAUCAAAGUGUCUCACAUAGAAAUGAUUCCUGUAGAAGAGAAAGUUACACACGAAGUUCCUUUUAAAAGUAAACCUAGUGCGGUCGGCGAUGAUAGUUAUGAAAAAUUAAGCGCUUUAUAUAAGCCACAAGGCAAGCGUAAAAGCAAAGUUAACAAGAAGAGAAAAUUUGAAGAUAAAUGCAAAAAGUUGAAAUUAUCGCCAAAGGCAAGAAUUGCUGGGGACCUUAAAGGUAUAGAGCAUUUACAAACGGUAGAGGAAUUUACAGCAGACAGAAUGAAGUCUUUUAUAACAAUCUUAAGUAAUCAUCCACAUCUUAUUAAAAUGUUUACAGCUUGUCAACGGUAAAAAUAAAAAUAUAUUAUAUGA